UGUCAAAAUUUAUUACUGUUCGUAUUCAUCAUAAAGAAAAGUGUUUUGUGUUUGUGACGCGAUUAUUCGGUAUUAAAAAGUGUUAAAACGUGGUUAUUAACAUGAAUAUUACGUCUGCUGCGGGAAUAAUUUCCCUUUUGGAGGAGCCCAGACCAGAACUUAAAGUAUUUGCUUUAAGAAAACUUGACUCCAUUGUCGAUGAGUUUUGGCCUGAGAUUUCUGAAGCUAUCGAGAAAAUUGAAAUUCUGCAUGAAGAUAAAGUUUUCCAACAACACCAGUUGGCAGCCUUGGUUGCCAGUAAGGUCUACUAUCACUUAGGCUCAUUUGAAGACUCCCUGACUUACGCUCUUGGUGCUGGCGACCUUUUUGACGUCAAUGCUCGCAGCGAAUACGUGGAAACCACCUUGGCUAAAUGCAUCGAUUACUACACCCAGCAACGUAUUGCACUAGCGGAAGGUUUACCAGAGGCAAAAUCUAUCGAUUCGAGGCUUGAAGCUAUCGUCAACAGGAUGUUCCAACGCUGCCUCGAUGACGGCCAGUACCGUCAGGCCAUGGGGCUUGCUUUGGAAACGAGACGGAUGGAUAUUUUCGAAUCCUCUAUUACGCAGUCUGAUGACAUUAUCAGCAUGCUGUCAUAUGCAUUUCAAGUUGCGAUGAGUCUCAUCCAAAACAGAGCUUUCCGCAACACGGUGCUGCGCUCUCUUGUCGGUUUAUAUCGCGGUUUGAACACCCCCGACUACAUCAACAUGUGUCAGUGUCUCAUCUUCCUGGAAGAUCCCCUUUCCGUGGCUGAAGUUUUGGAUAAGCUCGUUCUGGGCAAGGAAGAAAGCGAACUGAUGUCGUACCAGAUCGCUUUUGACUUGUACGAGUCGGCUACGCAACAGUUUUUGGAGCGGGUCCUAGCCGCGCUUAGGGCCACCGCUCCUAUUCCUGCUCUACUAGAGGAGAAGAUCAAGCCGAAGAUAACGGAGAGUCAGGCCGCUGUGGCUGAGGCUGGGGAGGCAGUAGCUGAAACUUCUAAGCCUGAAGUAAAGGAGGAGAAGUCUCUAGAGAGCUUGAGUGAAACUGACAGGGAGCAUCAAGCUCGAAUCGAAAAACUUCACACCAUCCUCUCGGGGGAGGUUUCCAUCGAGCUCCACUUGCAGUUCCUCAUAAGAUCGAACCACGCCGACUUGCUAAUUUUGAAACAGACCAAAGAGACUGUCCGAGUCAGUAUUUGCCACACGGCGACGGUUAUCGCCAACGCUUUUAUGCACAGCGGAACGACCAGCGAUCAAUUUUUAAGAGAUAACUUGGAGUGGUUGGCCAGGGCGACGAAUUGGGCGAAACUCACCGCCACGGCUUCCUUGGGCGUUAUCCACCGCGGGCACGAACAGGAAGCCCUGACGUUGAUGCAGAGCUACCUUCCGAAGGAAGUGGGGCCGAGUUCCGGGUACUCUGAAGGCGGCGGUCUUUACGCUUUGGGUCUGAUCCAUGCCAAUCACGGGGCCAACAUCAUAGAUUACCUGUUGGGACAGUUGAAGGACGCACAAAACGAGAUGGUCAGGCACGGCGGGUGUUUGGGUCUCGGCCUCUCCGCCAUGGGUACUCACAGGCAGGACGUCUACGAGCAGCUCAAGUUCAAUCUGUAUCAAGAUGACGCCAAUACCGGCGAAGCCGCCGGUAUUGCCAUGGGUAUGGUCAUGCUGGGCUCCAAAAAUGCUUCGGCUAUCGAGGAUAUGGUGGCGUAUGCCCAAGAGAGCCAGCACGAAAAAAUCCUGCGCGGCCUCGCCGUAGGCAUCGCCUUCACCAUGUACGGUCGUUUAGAAGAGGCCGACCCCCUCAUCCAGCAACUGACCUCCGACAAGGACCCCAUCCUCCGCAGAUCCGGAAUGUACACACUCGCCAUGGCCUACUGCGGCACCGGACACAACCAGGCCAUCAGGAAGCUGCUGCACGUGGCCGUCUCCGAUGUUAACGAUGAUGUUAGGAGGGCAGCAGUCACCGCCCUGGGAUUCCUUCUGUUCAGGACCCCAGAGCAAUGCCCCAGCGUCGUCUCCCUCCUGGCCGAGAGCUACAACCCGCACGUGCGCUACGGCGCCGCCAUGGCCCUGGGUAUAGCCUGCGCCGGUACUGGCCUACGCGAGGCCAUCGCCCUUCUGGAACCCAUGGUGAUGUUCGACCCGGUGAACUUCGUCCGUCAGGGCGCCCUCAUCGCAUCCGCCAUGAUCCUGAUCCAGCAGACCGAACAGACUUGCCCCAAGGUGACCUUCUUCAGGCAGACGUACGCGCAGGUCAUCUCCAACAAGCACGAGGACGUUAUGGCUAAGUUCGGGGCCAUCUUAGCUCAGGGUAUUAUCGACGCGGGUGGUAGAAAUGUUACACUGUCUUUGCAAUCUAGAACUGGGCACAUGAAUAUGUUGGCAGUGGUUGGUACCUUGGUGUUUACCCAGUACUGGUACUGGUUCCCUCUGUCUCACUGUUUGGCUUUGGCCUUCACUCCUACUUGCCUCAUUGCUUUAAACACUCAGCUUAAGAUGCCAAAGUUGGAAUUGAAAUCCAACGCCAAACCGAGUCUUUAUGCCUACCCAGCUCCAAUGGAAGAGAAGAAACGUGAAGAGCGCGAGAAAGUAACCACCGCAGUUCUAAGUAUCGCCGCUAGGCAACGACGAAGAGACCACGAGCGUAAACAUCGCGAUGAGAAGAUGGAAGUGGAUGACGACAAGGAUGAUAAGAAGUCGGCUGAUAAAGAUGAGAAGAAGGAUGACAAGAAGACUGCCGAUGAUUCUAAGAAAGCGAGCACCUCUACGGCAGAAGAUAAGAAAGACAAGAAGGAUGAGAAGGAAGAGAAGAAAAAGGAGCCCGAACCCAGUUUUGAAAUCCUUCAGAAUCCCGCCAGGGUGAUGAGGCAACAACUUAAAGUGAUUUCUGUUAACGAGAACAGUCAGUACGUACCUAUGAAAGAUGUUUCUAUUGGUGGAAUCAUCAUGGUGCGUAAUUUGAAGCCUGGAGAAGAGGAACUCGUGGAGCCAGUAGCUGCUUUUGGACCAAAGGGUGAGGAAGAGAAGGAACCUGAGCCACCAGAGCCAUUCGAAUGGACCGAGGAUUAAGCGGCACCAAUUUUUUUUUUUAUUAUUUAGUCGAUAGUGAAGUAUUUUUUAUUUUUAUUUAAUAUCCAUUCCUAGGGUAAUUCGCAAUUGUUUGCUGUAGCUGUCACGCAUAUUUAUAAACUGAAUUUAAUUGAUGUGUAGUCCAUGUUGUCAAAUAAAGCAAGCAAAAUGUA